AUGUCCUCGGGCCAUUCUCAUCGUAAGCAUGGAGAGAGUUCUCGACAGGGAAAAAGGCGGGAGAAGGGAGAAUCUCGCGAUACUCGCAGGUCAUCAAGACAUACCACACCAGAUCCUAUUCUUGGGGAUAUCGAAUUGAAAGAUCAAAGUCCCAAACAUCGCGAUAAAGUUGGGGAAUGGAGGGAGAAUCUCCAGGAACCCGUGACACCCCUAACAUUGGUAGCAAGAAAUCCAGAUGGAAUCCAGAGUAUUCCGCAAUCGAGGGCUAGAUAUCAUAACCGGGAAAGCUUGGGUCAACAUUCCAAGCAGCUUUCACCAAACCCCGACCCGUUGUCGCAUUUUGAUUUAAAAGGCAUGGUCGACAACGAUCCAGACAUGAAGGGCCAACGUGGUGUUGCUCUCCCAGAAGAUACGUCCCGGGAUAACGAUCCUAAGAAGCCUCGCUUGAGCGACAACCUCCAAAGACCAACUGAACAUCCUAAGGGAUCAAGGCCCCAACCGACCGAAACAAGGGACCAAGAAAGACCCCAGCAAUCAGGACGCCCCACGAACACUACACCAGGAUAUACGUUGCCGGGGCAAGGAUCUAUGGCAACGACUCUACUCCCGUCAACCAAGGCUCGUUCAGGUGAUAGUUCCCCUGUUCGACCCGAAAGCUCGUACAGCAACGCGAGCACGAUCCGCCGUGUCACGCCCUCACCUGAAUCGCUCUCAGAGGCACUCCGCCAGAGCUUCGCCGCUCACUCGACGCCCAAGCAUAGGCACAGCGACGACUCUACCUACGUGAACGCUGACGAGGCUGUAGUCCUUCGUGGUGGAGAGGCUGGCGCCGCUGAAAACACUCUGCGUGCUCAAGACGCCAACGUAGGAAUCAGCCAGCUCAGUGACUCUGAAGUCCCGCGCCGCAAUCCCCGUAGCAUUUUGUACCCGUACGGAGACCAGGCAUCCAUACCAGCAAUCAGUACACGUAAAACUGACGCUGCCAUCAGGGAAGCUGAGAGCUAUCAAGCUCUCAUUGACAUCUACGACAACAACGGCAAUCCUCAUUCUCGUCGAGGCCGCCACCAUUCUCACUCCAAUAGCCAGAGCAAGCACGUCAACCCCAACAACCACACCGCGGACGUCAACGAGUCCCGCUUGGCCCCCCGCCGCAAGCAGCUCCCAAAGCGAAACAUCGUGAUCCCUCCUCCAACCUACGUUGCUCGCACUAGGCUACCACGCCCAACUACGCCAACUCCCAUGACUGAAAUAGAGCGCAUGUACCAGUACGCUCCAAUGACCGCGUCUCCAACCCGCCGCGACCCCGCCUCCGACAUGGCCAGGUACCGCGCCCGGUGUGCCGCCAUGAAGGCCCUCGAGGCUGACAGCACCGAGCAUCUGGAGCAGGAGAACCCCCCAGCCGCUGCAAGUGAGGUCGGAGCAGCUAUCAUCCAGGAACCCGCCGCCGUCCACCACCGUCAGCCAGCACGUGGAGCGGAGUCGCCAGUCCCCGGUCCAAGCCACUACCAGGCGUCCCAGCCAGCAACCGUGGCUCCUCGUCGUGAUGGUCGUGUCCUCAGCAUCGACGUCAUCGAGAUGGCCGAGAGACACCGCAACAUGAUGCUCCGCCAGGCGGUCAACAAACUCGAGAACGAGUACGAGGAAAGGCAGCGUAUUGAGCUCAGAGAGAAUGCCGCCCUCAAUGCGCCCCCGGCUCGCACUACUUCCGACGCCGUCAAGGACUUUGGAAAGAAGUGGGGUCGCAAGUGCUACGCGGAGUGCUGCGUUGUCAUGUGA